AUGUCAGACAUUCACAAGCACUCAUCCACGCCAGAGUUCGAUGUCUCACCAAUCCCUGAAGCCGUUGUGGUGGCCACUGAAGUGAUCCAAGGUGGCCCUCGCUUGGAGGUUGUACCACCCCUGGUUGAUGAGCAGCGGGAAGUUCGAGCUAAGAAAACACUAGUCUUGCCCAACAUGCCUGUCCGUUGUAGUCACUGA